CAACAUCUUUGGCCUCACUGUUGUUGUUUCUUGAGUAGCAGGUUGGAAAAAAAUAGAAAGACAUGGAUUCAUCGGCCCAGAACUCGCUCGAUUGGACCCAAUUAAGCCUCUCCAGCGAUUUACAAGUCCUCAACUUUGAUCCCUGGAAAGUGAUCACCCGUCGAGCCCUAGAUUUCAGUCCCCACGCCCAUACGCCCAAUAUUGCCAUGAUGGUCUUUGUCAACGCCAGAUCUCUCGUUUACUCACUCCAGGUUCUCCAUCGAACCUAUCGAGAAGGCCAAAUCCAAUCUGAACCAGAGUUAAGGCUUCUAGUCGAAGAGUUCUUUUACCAACAAACUCCUUGUUAUGGUUAUGCUCAAAAUCCAGAUCUCCCUUUGGCAUUUGGUCAUCAAUUUGCAGAUCAGUGUCAGGUUUUGGUCAAUCCCAACACCAAUAUUUGUCCUAUAUGUCAAGAUCAAGGUAAAAAUGAAGCUUCAGGACUGAUUUUGGAGGAUGAGGAGAGUAAACCUUCAGUAUUGGAAGAAGCUUUUCAAGCUAAUCAGAUUAAUGUGGAAGUAGAAGAUAUCUUACUUGAGGAUAGAGGAAGUAGUCCGGAUUUGUUCGAUGAAACGGAGUCAAUUGCCAUGGACACGGAGAAUGAUAAAGAUGCUAUUGACACUGAGGGCCAGGAAAUCAAGGAAGAAUCGACAGAGUCGAAAGAUAACUUGCCUUCUCGACGAUCUUCUCGGCGUCUUCAGAACGUGCCAAUGAACUAUACCCACCUUUUAAAUGGGGAAGAGGAAGAUCUGGAUGAUAAGGUUCUGGCCAAAAUCCCCAGAUACAUUGGGGAAGAGGAAGAGGAAAAAGAUUACACGCCAGGGACUCAUUCAGAUUCCGAGGAUGAGAAUGUGGGCGGUUUGUCUCGAGGACCUUAUAGGAGUUACUUUCCCAAGCGUUACGAUAUCAAACCCGUGUCAGAAGAUGAUCCUAGAGUGAUUUGUCCCAUUUGUAACCGCUUCUUCAAGAAUGCUAAAACCUUGAGAUCGCAUAUUAAUUUCCACAACAAUCAACAUAGGACUUCUGCGCCCCGGCCCAAGAAGCCUAGUAAACAUCCGAAAUUAUUCUGUUCUCACUGUGAUGCUCAGUUUCGAUUACCCAAGGCUCUCGCUAAUCACUUGAUCAAGGACCACAACGCUUCGGAGGACGAACUGAAGAAGAUCGAGGUAAAAGAAUUGCAAUGCUGGAUCUGUUCCCGAACAUUUACCAAUCGAAAUGUGCACGAACAGCACAAAAAGAAAGAGCAUCUUUUGGGUAAAUGGCAGUGUUUGUUUUGUGACGAUAUGCCUCGACAUGGCCUUGAGGUCUUUGAGCAUUACAAGGCUAAUCACCGACGUAGCAACUACAAGAUCAAUUGUGUCCUUUGUGAUGAGAAAGUGUGCUUUUCCGAGGGAUAUGAAGCAUUGGAAAGCCAUUGGAAAAUCUGCUACAAUCGCCGAGUCAUGGAGCGAAUGGCCGUGCAAAAGGCCAAGCAAAAGAACUCCGAAAGGAUCAAGCACAUUUGUGAUCAAUGCGGGAGAAUGUUUUCGUUAAGAUCCACACUCCUCGAGCACCAAGAUGAGCACAAAGGAAUCUUUAAGCACUGUUGUACCGAAUGUAAUUACCGAACGGCCUUCAAACACAGAUUGACCUUACAUUGCCGGGUCAGACAUUCGCCUGAUGGGAAACGGGUCCGCCAAAGGAAUUAUGUACCUUGUGAGAUUUGUGGUAAAAUCGUGAAUGAUGCCUCCUUACCCAGUCACAAUGCUCGAGCUCACUCCGAGCCGACUUGGCCUUGCGACCAGUGUGACAAGGCCUUUGGCACCAAUUGGCUGUUGAACAAGCAUCUCAAGUCGACUCAUCCGACGACAUCGGUGAAAUGUGAAAUCUGUGGUCUGUUUCUCAAAUCGAAGGGAACACUUCGAAGUCAUAUGCUAACGCACGCUCCUGCGAAGUUCUCCUGCCGCUUUUGCGGCAAGGGCCUUAAAACGCGAUUAAGUUUGGGCAACCAUGAACGGAUUCAUACCAAGGAGAAUCCAUAUAAAUGUGACCAAUGUCAGUUUGCAUGUGCCACUAGUGGAAAUUUGUUGCUUCACAAGAAGCGGAAACAUGAUGUCCAGAAGAAAAACUUUUACAUCCCAGCCUUGAUUCCAGAUGAGGAGACCUCGUCGGCACCUCCAGAAUAGCUCAUCUUAUCUUGUUGCCAAGGCCAGGGACAGCUUAGCCGUUCUUAACAAGGAUUUCCAAGAUGAUUAGAAUGUCGGUUGACUUGAGUAUUUUCAACCUAAAUAUUAUAAUAUGAUUCUAGAUAUUGUCAUUCUAACGGCCUACUUAGUACUCA